AUGAACUUAAAGAAGAGUCACCGGAUAAAUGAUGGCAAAAAGAACCUGAUCUUCAACUUAACUAUAGCCGACAUUUUGUUCGCAUUUAUUAUCACACCAAAACUGAUCGUGAGCCUCCAUGUAGAGCACCCAGCCGGUCCAUCUGCAACAGUUCUAUGCAAGUUGUUAACGGGUGGAAUCUUCGCAUGGGUGUCAGCAGUGUCCUCAGUUUGUACUCUGCUUGUUAUCGCCAUCGAGCGAUAUUAUACAGUGAUGUCCCCUCUCGGUAACAGAUGGAAGCUUACUAAACGUAAAGUGAAGAUCAUUAUGAUUUCUUCUUGGCUCUUCUCAUUGGUGUUCAGCAACUCGAUGUUCUUGGGCAUGAAGGUAACCAACGGUAUCUACGUGGAUACGUGGACUGGAUUUCAGUGGAUUCCAAAAGUUAUGACCUUGGCAGUCGAUGUCGUAGUAUUUGGUCCCCUGCUGGUGAUGGUCGAGUUGUACUCAAGAGUGGUGCACACCUUAUGGUCCAAAAGCGACAAUGGCAAUCAAGUAAGUAAUCAACUAAAAGUAACUUUAUGA